AUGGCAAAGGUGAAAGUUCAGAAGCAUAUCCAUCAGCAGCCUGUCACCAAAGGACGAUCAGCAUUCCGUGGUCCAUGGCUGUCCUCCAGUGCACCCAGUCAGCUCAGUCAAGACCAGGGCCACCCAUCCCUCUUCGGGGGCCUCUCUUCUUCCCCCAUCCAUCACCAGGGCCCUGUGAUCUCACCUGUCGAUGCCCAGCUCUUGCUUGAUAUCUCAGUUCUGGAACAGAGAUGCUCCAGCUGCUACCUGGGAAGGCUGUAGCCCCAAAAAUAUUUAGUUAGCAGCCAUUCAGUUAAGUGGAAUUGA